AUGGAUAAUCCCUUGACUCCGAACAAGAUCCAGCGACUUAUUCAUUUAGCAGAAGAUAAAUCUUUUAAUUUGCCAAGGCGUAUGCUUUUGAAUGAUGAAGAUUUGAAGAGACUCACUACAACACAUAGUGUCAAUAAAUCAAAUGCGAAUACUAACUAUGAAUCAUCGUCUGGAAUAUUGGAUUUGGAGCGGCUAGAAGGUUUUGGGGAGUGUUUAAUUGGGAACAUGUCUCUUAGUAAAUCUACUGCUUUUAAUCCUGGUGAACUGACUGGCCGUUCAACUGGCACUGAUGAAGUUAACUCAAAAUCUAUUGCACUUGGGACCACACGUACAUUUGAAGAGUUUGGUCGACAUUCUCUGGUUUUAGACUCUCUCACUAGCCAGAUGGACAAACAAACUACAGAAAUUGAAGACUUAAUGAGGCAUUCAAUUGCCACUAACUACUCAUUUCAUUCAAAGAGAGAUUUGACUGCUGAUGAAGCCUCUCUGGUAAUGAGGGAAGCUCCUCUCCCAGUACCUCCUGGCACACAAACAAACUUUGCUGAGAGUGUAACAUUGAACAAUUCAAAUAUGUCAAUGGGAACUUAUUUUCAAAAUAGAUGUCCAGAAUUUGGGAAAAUACUUGGAAAGACUGACAGCCCUGACAGGUCUUUGAGGCCAAGUAUUAGUGAAGUUUCGGCAAGUGCUGGUUUGGAGUAUGCUGGAAAAGAGACUAAUGUUUUUAAGAUGGAUAUGUCCCUGGACAGUGUACCUGUAAAACAGCCCAGAAAUCCCAUUGAUAAAUUGCCAGAGAAUAGAAUUAUCAACAAUUUGAAUGCAGUAGGCGAUACACAGAAGAACUGCAAUUUAUCAGAAGUGAAUAAGGAUGUUCCAACUGGUAAUAUGUCUGCUAAAACAGAGCAUUCCAAGAAAUACUCUCAAGUAUCCGUUUCAAAUGUGCCAAAUCCAGUUAUGUCAAGCCAAAAACAUUUUAUGAGUUCCACUGCCAAACCAACUGAUUUAUUAUUAAGAAAUUUGCAGUCUUCUUUAAGAAUUGUGACAGAUGACACAGAAGGGUCAGUUGAGAACUCGUUAAGCAUUUCUAAAAUUGCAGACUAUCUAGGCAAGCAAUCCAAUGUAAGCGUAUCAGACAUGCUUCUUAUGAAAAAGAGUGCCAAAAAACAACCACUGAAAGAGUUGCAAAUGAACACCCAAGACAGAUUUACAAAUCACAAUAUGCAAGUCACUAGUUUACGCGAUAGUAAAAAUACUGCAGCUGCAAAUUCUGGUAGUAGUAUUAAUACUGUUAUAUCCCUUGAUAAAUGGAAAGUAAAUAAAGAGGAUAACAAAGAAAUUCCAGCAGUGAUUGUCACUCAACAUACAGCUAAAGUUGACGAAGAAGUGACUCAAGAUGUGGAUGACAUAAAAUCUAAUCGCCGUACUACAAGGUCUAAAUCACCUUCUAGCAAGAGUCAGUCAACUCUCAGUACAGUACAAGAAAACUAUGCAAGCUUUAAAUCGGAGGACAGCCUAUCGAAAAGCAGAAGAGGCGAAGCUCACAACUCGUCACAUGUACCCUCACCAAAUAUCGAGUAUAAAGAGUUAGAUAAGUCUGUAGAUUGGCACGAUGUGUUACUCCAGAAGCGUUUGAAACACGAAGGCUUUGCUAAAGAACAAUGGGCAGACAUUUUGUCUACAACAGCAAAUGGUUUUGUAGGAGCUAGCUGUGCUGUCACAAUAACGGUGACCACGCUAACAGACAGCUGGCUUACUGCAAAAUUUCAGUUCGACGAUUUACCGAACAACGGCAGAGAUCUGACCGUCGAGUUGCCUCGCCUGCCAAUCUUACUGUCGCCAGGGAAAUCGGAAAAUUUCACUCUUUAUCUGACUUCCACAAUAGAAAUAACCACACGAUUAGCAUUCACCAUGUCUUUCAAAGAUUCCUCCGUAGACAGAGAACUUCAACAGAACGGAUCAAUAGAUGUCGACAUAAAAAUGCCUGAAAUACAGGCCAUGUCUUGCGAUGGCGUGAAUAAAGUCAACUUUGCACCUACCGUGGAAAAGUGUACUGUCAACAAAUCGUUUGUGCUCGUCAGUGAUGGAUCUGUGGAUUUGCAACUCGAUUUGUCUAUAAGCGAAGGGGAGGGUACGUUCUUUAUAACUAACGCGCAAGAAGUGAAGAAGUCUGAUAUCAAUAAAGUGCUAAUGGAUCGCCAAGGCUUUACGGAAGAGCAUUCGGCCAGGCAGAAACAAAAAGCCAAAAAUAAACAGUUGUGCAGAUUGAGCAGUGGGAACGCGAUCAAAGUUACAGUUGCAUUCAACGCUCCUAUGAUUUCUGAUCUACAAACAAAUAACAUAGUUUCCUUCAGAGGUGUUCUGGAUGUGAAUUUAAUGGGUGUUAAAACUGUUUUGCGGAAAGUUGAUCUCAUUGGAUUUGUUGGAAUUGUGAAGUUAGUGGUGGAUGUUCCUGGCAAGAAGUUACGCAUGACCAGUGAAAAUAACAAUGUAAUGCUUCAGAACAUUGGAACUAUUCCGGGUAUAUGGGUUGUUAAGGUUAAAAAUGUCAAUAACAAUUGCCCAAUAACUUUUUCACCGUCAAAGCUGGAGCUGCGUCCCGGUAUCGCAAAACCGGUUAUAAUUACGUACACAGGAUAUGAAGACAGUAUUUGUGAGACAUCUCUUAUAUUUGAAGAAAUCAAUACAGGUCUUAAAACAGCUAUUGAUAUCGUUACUGGUGUUGAAAAACCGAAAGUGUUCCCUAUAAAAGCUAACCACAAUUGCUUAUCCUGGGUGCGCGCAGGAAGAAAAGAGCUUAGUCUCAAAAACGCUAGCAACUCUAAAGUCCAUAUCAAAUGCCAUGUGCUUGGCGAUGGGUUCUCGAUAGACUUGCCUGGUGCGGAGUCUAGAGGGACUUAUUUGUUGCCGUUCGGACCCAACGAGUGUAGAUUACUGCCUAUAAUGUUCAAUCCGGCUACCAAUAAUCCAUGUUCGGCCACAUUGCACAUGGUCUUCGAUAAAAGCAGCGAUGUUUCGAGAAAGGUGAAGUUGUACGGUUGCGUCGGAGGAGACAACAUUCGUUGGGCCAAUUUGGUGACGUACGGUAACACGGCGUUGGUCCGCGCCGUCAGUAGGACUCCCAUACAACUCAACCUGUACAACAAGUCACCUUUGCCCGCCUUCGUUUGUGCCCGGGUACACUUCAAUCUGCAAUACAUGUGCGUGGCGAACACCGCGCAACUAUCGGGCGGUGCGCACGUAGUAGGCCCGCGUAGUCGGCACGCGCUCGUAUUACGCGUGGACUGGGCGCACGCUGAAAGAUGCGCCCGCGUCGCACCCGCCGCCACGCCACUCGCCACGCUCACAGUGCUCACCGGCGGGGAGUAUACACGUCGCAGGAUCAUGAGGAUCUUGAAAGAUGAGUCUUCUGGGGAAGUGGAUAAUUCUCACCUGCCAGACCAUCUUAAAGUAGUGACAUCCAAAUUGGAAGGUGAAGAUAUGAGCUUAGACGAUCGCUUGGCUGACUUCAAGGAGACAAAAGCAUCUUUGAACGAACUUAUUGGAGGAUUGCAAGAAUUUACGGCACAGAUCGAUAUACCUCAAGAUUUCACCGAUGAAAAUACGAUCAUUAUAACUGAUGAUACUGUGAUAGAACAUCACACACUUUGUGAUCAGUGA